UUGUGUUUACAAGUGGGGAAGGGAAAAGUGGGUGGGGGAGUGAUUUUGAAGUAUCGGUGGGGACUAGCGGAACUCGAAAGUCUCCACGAGUCGUGUGACUCGCCUCACUACAGUUUUCGCUAUGGCGUGUAUAGGGUCGAGUAGGCUCUGUGCUCGUGCAGAGAAAUUGUGCCAGUUCGGACAUUUCGCCCAAUUACGAAGGAAAGUUUCAACGACAUGUGUCAAGUCACGACCCAGAAUCGACCAGCAGACCAGUGCUUUGGUUCAACAUUGUCAGAGUAGAACGAGCACGCUGGAUUACAGGACGAAUGUGACGAGGAUGAUGAGUUCUAUGCAAACGCAGUUACCCGGAUCCUUGCACGAUUACCAAGUCGAUCCUUACCGACUCUCAGAGGACGACCUCAAAGGUGUCUACGAGGAAGUGCGAGAGGUACUCAUCAGGAACACCACGCAGAAGGAGCUGCAAACUAUAGCGACGUACUACUUCGACGGCAAGGGAAAGGCAUUGCGGCCGAUGGUAGCAAUUCUCAUGGCACGGGCUAUCAAUUACCACAAGGAAAGAAAUGAUCUCUUGGCAUCGCAGCGACAGGUGGCGAUGAUCGCCGAGAUGAUCCACAACGCCUCGUUAGUGCACGACGACGUAAUCGACCAGCCCGACUACCGCCGUGGAAAACCCUCGGUCAACGUUGUCUGGAGCCAAAAAAAGGUCACGAUGGCGGGGGAUUACAUUCUGGCGGUCGCGUCGAUUAUGAUCGCUCAACUUCGAAACGACGACGUCACGCUAUGCCUCAGUCAGGUCGUGACGGACCUGGUGCAGGGUGAGUUUAUGCAGCUCGGCUCCAAGGAGACGGAGAACGAGAGAUUCGCGCACUACCUCACGAAAACGUAUCGCAAGACGGCCAGCUUGAUCGCCAAUGCAUUGAAAUCUGUGGCCAUGCUAGGAGGUGCCGAUGAACAGCUUGCGGACGUAGCCUUUCAAUAUGGUAGAAAUGUUGGCUUGGCGUUUCAAUUGGUCGACGACCUUUUGGACUUUGUGUCGUCUUUGGAGGCAAUGGGCAAACCUACUGCAGCCGACCUCAAGCUUGGUCUUGCCACUGCUCCAGUUCUCUUCGCGUGUGAACGGUAUCCAGAAUUAAAUGCGAUGAUCAUGCGCCGGUUUCAAGAGCCGGGGGACGUCGAGAAAGCUUUCGAGCUUGUACACAAAUCUCAAGGUCUCGAUCAGACGAGAUUUCUAGCCAGAAAACAUUGCGUGGAGGCCGCCAAACUUGCAGGAUCCUUAGCCGAAAGCCCGUACCAAAAAGGUCUCCAGGUGGUCUGCGAUUUAGUAUUGAAUCGCAUGAAGUAGCGACGUGAGAAUCAACGUCUCCGCGUAUGAAAGAGAAAACGAAUUACGUAGUCGCGAAGAAUUAUUGUUGGCAUUUGUUAUGAUUAGUGCCAAUCGAAAAGUUUCACCGAACGAAAUAUAAUUUACCUCUGCCACGACAGGUUUGCAGACGAGUGGGAAAAAAAAAGAAGUAAAACGAAGGUUAGAGAGGUGAAGGUGUAUUUUUUUAAAGGCAUACAUUUAAUACUCGUGAUGGUACUCGGAAGUUCUGUUUUGACUUGUGUGUUUGAAACAUACAAGUUUCAAAUGUUUAUCGCUAGGGAAUUGUUAGAGAAUGGUUAAAAACGACGAGGUAACUCGACAAUGCCGAAGGAUCGGUAGAAAAUUAUUUUUAUAAAUGUCGUAUGCGUAUACGCGAAGAGAACAUUGUUUUAUAAUGAUCAUUGUCUCUAUGGUAUUGAAGUGCGAGUGUUGUUGUUAUGAUAUUAUUAAAAAACUUAAUCACUUCUGCUUUUUUUUUUUUUUUCUUUAAAAAAGAAAAACGUUUCUCCUUCGUUGGCAAGCAGAGUUCAAGUAUUAACGAAUAAAGUAUAUAAGCGAGAUAAUCGCUCACCAAGUGCCUAGGUAUAUCUUUGCAAUGUGAGAGGCGCACCAUAUAAAAAAAAAUGUAAAAAAACGAGCGGUAAUGUUUACUUCGCUCCAUAGCACACAUAUUACCUGAUUUUUAUCGAUACUGUCAAUCGUAAGUGUAAAUAAAAUAACGUGUAGAGUAGUUAUAUUAUAUUAGAAUUGGUAACUCUUCCUGAUUGUUCUCUUAGCAAUUUGUUAUAUUGCAUCGCGAAACGAAUCAAUAAAUAAAUUUUCUGGGAUAACGGUAUUGUGAUCGAGUAACUUAGUCCUAUUUUUUUUCCUUUUUUUUUAGAAAUUACAUAGUCGAGUAUUGAAAGGAAAAGUAUGGUGUAAUCCUCGAAUUUCGUGUAAUUGGUCAUGACCGAUUGUAUCAAUAUAAAUAUCUUCGUCUUAUUCAAAAAGCUGAAAUAAUCGUCUUAAUGCAAACAAUUUCUAUUGGUGUUAAUUAUAUAUUGUUAAUUAUUAAAUAUGUGAGUGUUGUGUAUACAUUUAACAUUUUCAAGAACAACAAUCGCAAGGGUACCAGUACUAAUCGACAGCAUAAUUUAAUGUUUUGUUUAAAACGUGCGAAGAAUAUCUACCAAAGAAGACUUUAUGGUCUUGAUUCUUCCACUUAUGUCGCGAAAAUUAAUUUUGGCUUGUCGAAUGUAAUACGAAUUAUUAAAUAUUGACAUGUUUCCCAUCCGAUUGGUUAGAUUUUUACAUAUUCGCAAAAUUAUUCACAUUAUUUUUAUUCGAAAGGUGUCUAAUAAAGUGGAAUACCAUCUUCCAUAAUCUAUUAUAUUCAUGUUGAAUAGAAAACCUGCUCAAAAUAUUAUUUGCUACAUAAUUGAACAUAUAGAUAUAAAUGUAUAAUAACUUAUAUUUAUAACAUGAAUUAAUGUAUAUAAUUGUUCUAUAAGGUAACAAAUCACCACUGUAAGAUUAUUAAUAAAAAAAAAUGCAAACAUGUAAUUACGAUCAAAUAUAGAUUUAUGUUAGGUUAAGGAUACUUGAUUGAUAUACUUAGAAAAAAAGAAGAUAAAUGAAGCUUUCGAUCUCUGGCACAAACUUAAACCUAUUAUUUAUAAUUCAUCUGAUCUAUGUGUAUUUCACGGCCAAUUAAAGUAACAAAUUAGCUUAUAAAUUAAUUACGAAUUCGAAUACACCGGACAACUGUCUUAUAAAUAUAAGGUAAUGUAUAAAUGCGCUGAAUUUUAAUAAAGCAAUAGAUCUUUAUAUGUAAACAUGCGAUUGUAACUAUGCGAUGUCUUGUAAACACGCACAGGAGACGCAUAAUUUUCAGCGUUCAUAAUAUAGAAGAAUUACAGAAUUAUAGUAUAGAAGUCGAAUAUCUCUAACUUAGAUCGAUUUGCUUCAUUAUAACUAAAUUGUAAACCGUAAGGUUUAGUAUCAUAUUUGUUGUGUCGGGGAUGACUAAAUCCAUGUUAUAUAAUUUCUUUUUUAAUAUAAACGUUAUAUUAAAACUCGAAACACGUCUCAUUUAUUUUAAACUUAUAGUGAUGUAUUAAAUCAAAAAAUAUUUAAUGAAAGUCGUAAGCAAGUUUACUUACAAUUACGGAUAAUAUUCACGUCACAAAUAUUAAUCUAAAAAUAUUUGUACAGAUAUUUUCGCGCGUAUUUCUAUAAGUGAGCGGUGCUGCCAUCCGCGGGAAAACGUCUAAGUUUGUCGUCAAAUAGUUUCAACUUUUAAACGCUGGAUAACGCCAGCAAUAUUAAAACAUCAAAUACUGUUAUUUAUUUCCUUAUUCUAUUUUAUUACGUCAAAUAACGACUAUGUAAUUAUUCCAUAGUAUAAUUAAGACAUUUUAAAACUACGUAUAUAUGCAAAUAAAAAUUAGAAUGAUCUCAAAUGUCGGUAUCCAGAAUAAAGUCAUGUCAUCUAGCGUCUAAAAGUUGGAACUAUUUGGCGACAAACUUGAGCAUUUUCCCACGGAUGGCAGCACCAGUAACUCUUUUACAGUUAAUCUGUAAUUGUUAUAUAUAAGUAAUAAAUCUUAUGAUUUCUUUUAAGACUGUAUCAGUGAAUGGUCCUACAUCCCACCAUUCCAGCUUCAGAUUAUUUCCUAAUUACAGAAUGUAAUUAAACAUUGAUUAUAGUCAAUAGUGAGAGGGAAAUACAGGUGUCGCUUUCGGUCCACUUUAUGUAGAACGGAACUGAAAUAAAAAUAAGCGCCAAAACAUACAACAUCCUCUGUCAUCCCGGCUACUUUCCAACAAAACUUAUUGGUGGUUAACUAGUGAAUCAAAAUUAUGGCAAGUUUAAUAGACCUUUGUGAACAAUACUUCGGUGCACGUGAUUUUUACGAUGUCCUAAAAAUUUCAAGAAGUGCAACUGACAAACAAGG